AAGAAAUGUGCCUAGCUUUUUCCAACAAGAGUUUGCUUUGCUCGAGUGAUUUGAUUUAGCUGGUCCUGAGCUUUUCCAGAAAUAAGAAAACAAUGGGUGAAAUUGUCCCUUUCUCCAAACAGGGAGAGGAUAACAGCCAAGCAAUUACUCUCCUCGGGAGUGCCCCAGUUUCUCAGGCCGAUUACGCGGAAAGAAUUAAGACAGCACAAGAUCUAGAGGCAAAACUUAAGCACAUACAGGAGACAAUGCCCACCAAGGUGUACAACGUCUCAAGUAGUAGCGCGGGAGCUGGCAGUGGCGAUUUUCACCAGUACCGUAUUGUACGGCGGGCGGAGCAAGACCGAGUACGGAAGAUGGAAGCGGACUGGGAAAAGAAGCAGCAGGAAGCGGAGUUCAAGCUCAAGAUCGAGGAGCUCAAUAAGAUAGCGGAAGACCGCACCGCCAAGAAGCGCCUAAAGCGGCAGAAGAAGAAAGAGCAGAAGAAGCAAAAGAAGGGAUUGGUGGGGGAAGCUGCUGCGGGUGGAGAUGGGCAAGAUUCGGGACAGUCAGGGAGCGAGGAUAACGGGCAACCCGCCCUGGACUGACACGUAUUGGGAUAGCACGGGUCAUCGGGAUGCGUCCGUCGCGGCGUGGCGAUGUGAAUAUGAUUAAGUGCGAUACGCCGCUGUUCAGGUCCACAAAUACGUCGUUGCUAGGUCGUUGGUUGGCGUCGUGACCGAGACCCACGGGCCGUUUACGAUUCCCAUUUAUAAGGUAUCCUGGAAUGCGAUGUGCAUGGGUGUGCUUAGACUAAUGGAGGACUCCAGUUUUACAGUUGUUGCGUGUUUGGACCCCAUUCAGACAUGGGUGUAUUUUUUGGUAUGCAUGUCUAUGUCUGAUCAAUACUGACAGAUUUGUACUGAUUUUGUGCUCAUACAUUACAACAUCAUUUAGGCUCUUUGGGCUUAGGGCCUGACUUGGACAGAUAGCAAGCAAGACAGUACGACACUUUUUGAUCUUGGCAAGUCGGCCGAAGGGCAGGAUACGUUUUGUCUUGGCGUUUGCCAUAUCUCCUAUGUAACCCUAGAAGGUAUU